GCGGUGCGGGCGCUGGGCGGGCGGGGCGGCGGUCGCGGCGCGGCCAUGAACGCCGAGCGGGACCUGUCGCCGCUGGCGCCCGGCGUGGUGCGGGCCCUGAACGACAAGCUGUACGAGAAGAGGAAGGUGGCAGCCUUGGAGAUCGAGAAGCUGGUGAGAGAGUUUGUGGCUCAGAACAACACCUCCCAGAUCAAGCAUGUCAUCCAGAUCCUGUCCCAGGAGUUUGCCCUGUCCCAGCACCCCCACAGCCGCAAGGGGGGACUCAUCGGCCUGGCCGCUUGUUCCAUCGCCCUGGGCAAGGACUCUGGGCUCUACCUGAAGGAGCUGAUCGAGCCCGUCCUGACGUGCUUCAACGAUGCCGACAGCCGCUUGCGCUACUACGCUUGUGAGGCCCUCUACAACAUCGUCAAGGUGGCCAGGGGCUCUGUCCUCCCACACUUCAACGUGCUCUUUGAUGGCCUCAGCAAGUUGGCUGCUGAUCCUGACCCCAAUGUCAAAAGUGGUUCUGAGCUCCUCGAUCGGCUUCUCAAGGACAUUGUGACAGAGAGCAACCAGUUUGACCUGGUGGGCUUCAUCCCGCUGCUGCGCGAGAGGAUUUACUCCAACAACCAGUACGCCCGCCAGUUCAUCAUCUCCUGGAUCCUGGUCUUAGAGUCUGUGCCUGACAUCAACCUCUUGGAUUACCUGCCAGAAAUCCUGGAUGGGCUCUUCCAGAUCCUGGGAGACAACAGCAAGGAGAUAAGGAAAAUGUGUGAGGUGGCUCUCGGGGAGUUCCUCAAGGAGAUCAAGAAGAACCCCUCCAGUGUCAAGUUUGCAGAGAUGGCCAAUAUCCUGGUGAUCCACUGCCAGGCAGCAGAUGACCUGAUCCAGCUGACAGCCAUGUGCUGGAUGAGGGAGUUCAUCCAGCUGGCUGGCAGGGUGAUGCUGCCUUACUCCUCCGGGAUCCUCACCGCUGUCCUGCCCUGCCUCUCCUACGACGACCGCAAGAAGAAUAUCAAGGAGGUGGCAAACGUGUGCAACCAGAGCCUGAUGAAGCUGGUCAUCCCAGAGGAUGAUGAAAUGGAUGAGGCCAAGCAGUUGCUGACCCUGCCAGCAGAACCCACCUCAGAGGAAUCCCUCUCCAAACCAGAGGCAGCGUCCAGCGGUUCCCUGGAUGCAUCUGGUGACUCCAACCUGAGCAACAACAGCGUCCUCACCAUGACCAGCUCUGAGAGGAUCCAGGUGACCCUGAACCUGGAUGGGAUAGUUCAGGUGCUGGAUUGUCACCUCCACGACACGUCCAUUGGGAUGAUGACCAGAAUUGCAGUCCUGAAGUGGCUCUACCACCUCUACAUCAAGACUCCUCGUAAGAUGUUCCGACACACCGACAGCCUCUUCCCCAUCCUGCUGAGGACCCUCUCGGAUGAGUCGGAUGAGGUUAUCCUGAAGGACCUGGAGGUGCUGGCUGAGAUUGCUUCUUCCCCAGCAGGACAGACAGAAGAUCAUGGUCCCUCUGAUGGCUCCGAGGUGCGACCUGGCCCCGUGGAGCUUCAUGUCCCAGCCAGGACUGGCCAGCUGAGCUCCUCUGGUCCAAAAGGCUUGGAGUGCUCACCCUCCACCCCCACCAUGAACUCCUACUUCUACAAGUUCAUGAUCAACCUGCUCAAGCGCUUCAGCAGCGAACGGAAACUCCUGGAGACCAGAGGAGCCUUCAUCAUCAGGCAGCUUUGUCUGCUUCUGAACGCCGAGAACAUCUUCCACUCCAUGGCAGACAUCCUGCUUCGGGAGGAGGACCUCAAGUUCGCCUCUACCAUGGUUCACACCCUGAACACCAUCCUGCUGACCUCCUCUGAGCUCUUCCAGCUGAGGAACCAGCUGAAGGACCUGAAGACCCCGGAAAGCCGGAACCUCUUCUGCUGCCUCUACCGCUCCUGGUGUCACAACCCGGUGACAACCGUGUCCCUCUGCUUCCUCACCCAGAACUACAAACACGCCUAUGACCUCAUCCAGAAAUUCGGGGACCUGGAGGUCACCGUGGAUUUCCUCACCGAGGUGGACAAGCUGGUGCAGCUCAUCGAGUGCCCCAUCUUCACCUACCUCCGCCUGCAGCUGCUGGAUGUGAAGAACAACCCCUACCUGAUCAAGGCUCUCUACGGGCUCCUGAUGCUGCUGCCCCAGAGCAGCGCCUUCCAGCUCCUCUCCCACCGCCUCCAGUGCGUCCCCAACCCCGAGCUCCUACAGGCUGCGGACAGCACCAAACCCAGCACCAGCUUCAAGAGGACGUCAGCCCCCAACAUCGACUACACGGAGCUGCUGCAGCACUUUGAGAAGGUCCAAAACAAGCACCUGGAAGCCCGACACCAGCGAGCAGGGCGGGCAGAGCAGCUGGACAGGAGGGUGGUCCUCUGAGCAGCCCCCCCGUGGUGGCAGCCAUGGGUGUGCAUGGUUGCUGGGGCAGGGACCAGGGGACUGGGACACCGGUUGCUGGUCACCGGAGGGACGUGGUGGGUUUAAUGGCAGAGGGGAGGAGGGUGAGGGGCUGGUUUUCCUCCCUGCUGCGUGGGUGGUGGGGGGACCUUCUGAUGUGGAUGUGAGGGACCUUCUACCCUGGAUGUGGGGAACCUUCUGCCAUGGAUAUGGGGAACCUGCUGUGGAUGUUGAGGAGCCUUCUGCCAUGGAUGUGAGGAGCCUUUUGCCAUGGGUGUGAGGAGCCUUCUGCCAUGGGUGUGGGGAGUCUUCUGCCAUGGAUGAGGGGAACCUUCUGCUGUGAAUGUGGGGAACUGUCUGCCAUGGUUGUGUGGAACCUUCUGCCGUGGAUGCAGGGAAGGGUUGGAAGAGGAAAGGGGCUGGGGGGGGGGAGGCACCUCAUCUUCUCUUGCAACAGGACAAGGAAACUCCCCCUUGCUUAAUGCCUUCCCCGUGACUGUCAGCUGAGCUCAGCCUCCUGCCAGCCAGACCAGAGGGGAUGGGAAGACAGGAGCAGGCCCUGGCCUCCCACCCUGGCACACAAGCUCAGGGGGUCACUGGCCACCCCUGGGCCACCCUGGCUCCCACCCACAGGCUGCUGGCAGCAUCUCACCCAGGGAUUCCCACUCCUCUGCGUGGUGCUGGGUUUCCCCCCACACACACCCCCUCCCCAGCUCUUGGCAUGGAUGGUGGCACAGCCUGAACUCCCAACUAGCACCCAGGGCAGCGGGGGGGUGGUGGGGACCCCCUUGACACCCAGUCCUGGACUUGACUCUUUGUUCCUACCUUAAACUCCCCAUCAUCAAAUAAAUGCAGAGCAAACCA